CCUCUUACAUAGCCAUCGUCAGUACCCAGUACACGAAGGAAAAAAAAUAGCACACUGUGGCCCGUUCUUGCGAGGAGAAACAAAGAUGAGGUCUCAGGUGAUACUCGUCGUCGUCACUCUGGCUCUUCUCGGCGUCCUCGCAGCUCUGCCGCUCGGCGAAGGCUCGUCAUGGCCGUGCUGCGACAACUGCGGUAUUUGCAACAGGAUGAUCCCGCCGAAGUGCCGGUGCAAUGACAUUUCGCCGCACGGGUGCCACCCCAAGUGCAACAAGUGCGUCACCAACACGCUCACCGCCGCCGGCGACGACGAUGGAACCGGCCCCGUCCGCGCCUACUACUGCGCGGACAUGAUCACAAACUUCUGUAAGCGCCGCUGCUCGCCGGCGCCGGCUGCGGCGUUCCUGGGUGAGGUCUUCUGAUGGCAUCCGUCGAUGGGACGCCGCCGUCGAUCUGCUGCAACCGGCAUGCCAUGCCAAGUCGAGUUUGCUUCUCUCGAUCGAGCUUCGUCGGAGAAGAAAUAAAUAAAUGUCGCCGCUCGAUUGGCUACGUAUGCUUGCUCUUGCUCGUCGUCAGUGUUUUAGUGUUUACCGAAUAAAGAGCUAGUAGUCAUAUGCAUGCAUGCAUGCAUGCAUGCUAGCACUGUUGGUGUUGGUUUUCGUUUACCAGCUAGCUAUAUAGUUCGUGAGGUCCUUUGGUUUUUGUUCCCUUCGAAUCUGUUUAUUAUCGUGUCGAAUCAAUCGUGACAAUUAUCUUUGUUA